AUGCCGGGGGUCCGGGGUCCCGGGGUUCCCGGGGGGUCCCGGUGGGGCCCCCCCCGCCUGGCGCUGUGCUUGUCGGGGCUGGCGCUGUCGGCCUACGCGCUGCACGUGGAGGCGGCCCGGGCCCGGGACCCGACCUACCGGGCCCUCUGCGACCUGGGCCCCGCCGCCAGCUGCUCCCGCGUCUUCUCCUCCCGGUGGGGCCGGGGUUUCGGCCUGCUGGAGAUGGUCCUGGGCCCAGACAGUUCUCUAAACCAGCCCAACAGUGUCUUUGGCCUCCUCUUCUACAGCCUGCAGCUCCUGCUUGGUUGGUCCCGGGCCCCCUGGACGUCGGUGCUGCUGGUCCUCAGCUCGCUGCUCUCGGUGGCCGGUUCCCUGUACCUCGCCUGGAUCCUGUUUUUCGUCCUGCACGAUUUCUGCUUCGUCUGCAUAACCACCUACGCCCUCAACCUGGGCCUGGCUCUGCUCAACUACCGGCGUCUGCGGGGCGGGAGCGCCCAGGGGCAACCAGGGGCCAAGGCUAAGGGGCACUGAGUGGGGGGCCCUCGCGCCCCGCCCUCCCCCCCCCCCGCACCCCACCCCAACCCCCUGCGCCCCGCUGCCCCAGCGCCUCGGGAGUCCACUCCGAGCCGGGAGCGGGGUGGGUGAUGGCUUCCCGGCCGAGCCCCACCCUCGCCGGUCCCACGGCUGCUGAUCUGGCCUCAGUGUGGUUCCCAGUAGAGCCUCGCACCACCCCUUGCCCGCUCCCCCUCGCCCCCCACAUCCAUGCCCCUCACCGGGAUCCUGCCGUCCAGACCUGGCGACGAGCCCUUCCACAGCCUCCCCACAACCCACCCGGCCCGGGACGGGUCAGCCUGGGCCGACCGCCCCCGCCACAGCCCCCCACGCAGCCCACCCUCUGAGAGGCGGACCCACCCCACCAAUGGGUCCGGGGAAAGGGAGGGGACGGAGGGGAAAGGUGAGGCCUGCGAGAGGUGAGGGGUCUGAGGCCACAGAGGGUGGGCCGUCUGGGUCCAAGCUUUGCUAUUUCCCAAAUAAAAGUUAGAAAACUCC